AUGUCUGGUCUAAACCAUCUUGUUAUCGAUGGAGACAACCUAACUAAUGUUGGUUUGCUUGCCAUUCUUGAUAAAUGCCCUCUUCUUAAAUCUCUUCACAUUAAACGGUGUGAGCAUCUUGAAUUGAGUGAUGAAACUUUGGAGAAAAGGUGCACCAAUCAGAUCAUUGAUUUGCAACUGAAUAGAUAUGAUGACCAAGACCAAGACGACCACUAUUCUUCUGGUUAUUAUACUGAUAAUUGUAGCUGCUGCAAUACUGUUCAGUACGAUGAUGAUCCUUCUUAUGAUGACGACGAUGAUGAUCCUUCUUAUGAUGACCAAGACGAAUAUGACUAUUCUACUGGUUUUAAGUUGAGGUUCUGGUCGCGAAUGCGGUAA